AUGGAGAGCGAAGUAGCCACACAGACCAGCACUCCGUCUCCCUCCCCUGAUCCUGAGUCUGCUGAGCCCAGCAACACUACAAAGUCUCACCUCGCCCCGCGCUUUGGAACCAUUAUCCCUAAUCGAAUUUUUGUAGGAGGCAUUGACUUCAAGACUAAUGAGAAUGACCUGAGGCGGUUCUUCUCCCAGCAUGGAGCAGUUAAAGAGGUGAAGAUUGUGACUGACCGUGCUGGGGUAUCAAAAGGAUACGGAUUUGUUACCUUUGAGACGCAGGAUGAUGCACAGAAAGUCCUUCAUGAAGCAGAUCGGUUCAGCUUCAGGGACAAGAGGCUCAACAUUGGCCAGGCCAUCCGAAAGCAGCAAGUGGUGGUGCACUCCAACAGUUUCUCUGUGUCUGGCCCCAACCCUGCCAUGGCCGUGCCUGCUCAGUGUGGCACCAUGUACCUCACCACCCCCACAGGCUACCCCUACACCUACCACAACGGAGUGGCUUACUUCCACAGCCCAGAUAUCAAGCCCCUGGCUUCACACUGGCCUUCUCACUCUCGGUCAGUGUCGGGCUCCCCCGUGAUGCUGACCCACCCGCCUCAACCAGUCUACCAACAAGCAGCCUACCACCAUUACCAGGCCCCCACCCAGUGUGUCCCCCCCGGCCACCUGCAGUGGAAUGUCCCUCAGUCUCCGGUCCCUUCCAGCCCGGUGAUGUAUAUGCAGCCCUCCGAGCUCCUCUAUCAGCCCAUGGAGCCCUCUGCAGACGGGGGCUGUGUCCAGGCUGCAUUGCCUCUCCUGGAGGCCUCCAUCCCAGAGCAGUACAUGGAUCACAUGGGUCAGUCUCCCUACCAUCAGAUGUAUGCCCAGAGCCCUGGGGGACUGGCCCCGAUCAUCAUGCAGCAAGACCCUGGAAAGGAGCAGAAGUUCCACGCCUUGCGGGGGGGCCCCGCGGUCAGCCUGAAGCCCAGGUACGGCCGCAGCCCGCACUACGCCUACCUGCACAAGGACUACCGCCCAGACAUCACAGACCACGCCCCCCAGCCCGUCUCUGAGCCUCUCAAGUAG